AUGGACAAAUUAAUUGCCAGAACUCUUCGACCCUCAAAAGUGGUGCCAUUAGAAAACAGUCAAUUACUGAUACGGAUUCCGCUGAACUGUCACCAGGGUAUUUUCAACGCUGUCAUAGAUGGCAACGGCAUGAUCUCGUUCCCGGGAUUUGACUCAUCCUGCUCACAAAGGCUAAACGUUACUAGCGUUGAACGAAGCCCAUGCGAAAAAACUGGUACUAGCGAAAGCAUCGACCAGACGCUGCAGUGUGAUGAAGAUUUCUCCAGCAUUGAAUCGGCCAUCGGCAUGCAGCGUUGGAUCGAAAACGUCAUGCGGGUCAAGGGCGGUCGUCAGCCGAGCAUGCGGCAUCUGCAUGACCACGAUUACUACUAUUCGAUGUCCAGAUUUCAUAACCCGCUACGCGACCUCAUCGACAAGACGCGUUCGGUUUAUCAGCGAUAUGUCAGCUUACAGAAUGCAAAGACCAACGCUGAACCAUACGUAUUCGGCCUGAAGGAUAGUGCGAUCGACGGUAGCCCAGCGGCUGUUCCGAGACCAAGCGAAAGUUUAUGCAUCACAUUAAAUAGCGUUGUCACGGACGAGGCGGUGUUCAAAAGAAAUCCGUCAGAAAAUAAUAUACCAUAUUCAUUCGCCAGCAUUCUAAAACUUGAACUGGAGCUGGAACUGAUAUCUGAACUGCCAAGUGGACUCUAA